CCCGCGACGCCGCGCCCGAGCGAGCCGCGGAGAGAGCGGAGUCAGAGCGCUGCGGGCUCACAAAGCGGCGGGACGCGCGGCGGCGGCGGGCGCAGAAGCGCGGCGCAGCUCGCGGCUUGAGCAGCCACAGGAGCUCGGGCGACUCGGAUCCGGGGACCCGGGCCGGCCCCCAAGAUGCCCGCGAUCGCGGUGCUCGCGGCGGCGGCGGCGGCGUGCUGCUUCCUGCAGGUGCAGAGCCGCCACCUGGACGCGCCGGCCGCUCGCCCAGACCGCGGCCACCUCCUGGACAACGACCAGUGGCUCAGCACCGUCUCGCAGUACGACCGGGACAAGUACUGGAACCGCUUCCGAGACGAUGAUUAUUUCAGAAACUGGAAUCCCAACAAGCCAUUCGACCAAGCCCUGGAUCCCUCCAAAGACCCCUGCCUGAAGGUGAAGUGCAGCCCCCACAAAGUAUGCGUGACCCAGGACUAUCAAACGGCCCUGUGCGUCAGCCGCAAGCAUCUACUGCCCAGGCAGAAGAAGGGAAACGUGGCCCACAAACACUGGGUGGCACCUGCCAGUCUGGUCAAGUGCAAGCCCUGUCCCGCGGCACAGGCAGCCAUGGUCUGUGGCUCUGAUGGCCACACCUACACUUCCAAGUGCAAGUUGGAGUUCCACGCUUGCUCGAUGGGGAAAAACCUCGCCACCCUCUGCGAUGGGCCCUGUCCGUGUCUCCCGGAGCCCGAGCCACCGAAACCUAAGGUGGAAAAGAAUGCCUGCACAGACAAGGAGCUGCGGAGCCUGGCGUCCAGGCUGAAGGACUGGUUUGGAGCCCUGCAUGAGGAUGCCAACAGGGUCAUCAAGCCCACCAGCCCUGACACGGCCCAAGGCAGGUUUGACACCAGCAUCCUGCCCAUCUGCAAGGACUCUCUGGGCUGGAUGUUCAACAAGUUGGACAUGAACUAUGACCUCCUGUUGGACCACUCGGAGAUCAACGCCAUCUACCUGGACAAGUAUGAGCCCUGUAUCAAACCUCUGUUCAACUCCUGCGACUCCUUCAAGGACGGCAAGCUCUCCAACAACGAGUGGUGCUACUGCUUCCAGAAGCCUGGAGGUCUCCCUUGCCAGAAUGAAAUGAACAGGAUUCAGAAGCUCAGCAAGGGGAAGAGUCUGUUGGGAGCAUUCAUACCUCGGUGUAAUGAGGAGGGGUAUUACAAAGCCACGCAGUGCCACGGCAGCACUGGUCAGUGCUGGUGCGUGGACAAAUACGGGAAUGAGCUGGCCGGCUCCAGGAAGCAGGGCGCCGUGAGCUGUGAAGAGGAACAGGAAACCUCUGGAGACUUUGGCAGCGGAGGCUCUGUGGUCCUGCUGGAUGACCUUGAGGACGAGCGGCAGCCCCAGGACACACUGGGGAAGCUGCGUAUGCACACCCGGGCGGUGACGGAGGAUGACGAGGAUGAGGAUGAUGACAAAGAGGACGAGGUGGGGUACAUAUGGUAGUGCCCGCCGGGAAGAAGGACCCGGGCCAGCACCGAACUGCAAGUCCCUGCUUCCUGUCCCCACAUCUGCGUCUAGGCACACGGCGGGCCAGGCUUCGCCUACCCCUGGGCUCUCUGCCUCGGAGGGUCUGCACACACUCUUGUUCUCGCCACUGUCUUGCUCUGCACAGCAGGCGGGUGGGAAGAAGGGGGUCGCGCUUUGCUUUCAGACAGGGGAAUGGCUGGCCCCGUUCAAGCCGCCUUCCGUAAGGUUUUUUUGCACCAAGCAUGUGAUUUCUGUGGGAUUCUGACAAUGCAGGGAGCCCCCCCCCCCAAUUCGUCCCCGCCCUCUAUAUGUCCAAGCCCCAUCUCGAUGGCCCCUGUCCACACAAAGGUGGGUAUUACAGCAUGGUUCCCAGCCUUACGGUGUCUUAAGUGCUUCUCUUGUGUCCUGUAGAUGUCGUGGAAAACACACCACACUGUCCCCUUUCUCCUCCCACCCCAGCCCACCCCUUGUUUUAUUCUUAAAAAUUCAUUCUUUACAUCACUCGAUCUGGCUUCCCACAAACAACAGCCUUAAAUCAGUCAGGAGUCCCUCUGCGGGUGUGAUGCUCCACAGCGGUGUGUGGACAACUGUGUGUGCUACAGACACACCCGGUCCACACACUUAGAGGAAAAAGCAUAUGGGGAGCACCUUACACCUCAUCUGAAAAACAAUCUACCAACCUGUCAGCUUGUCCAGACUUGGAUGGCAAUCUCUCAAAUAAGACAUUCCCAUCAGAACCCUUGCUUUGCACUAACCAGCACCACUUUCAGCCUACAAGCUGGGGCUUCUCCCUCUCUGCCCUGGUGGAGCUUCUGGGAGC